GUAAACAAGGGAGUCAUGUCCCCAGGUCCACUUCAACUGGGGCCAGCAGCGGAAGCCGGACCAGUGAUCAGAGUGACGUCAUCAGACAGAUAGGGGAAGGUGUGGAUGUCAAGCAGUACCUAGCCCCAGAUUUGUCAGAUGAUGACGGAGAAGCAAGUGACGACAGCAUUGACACCAUGACAGAGACGGACUCUCAGAUGUCCUAUGCUCGACAAGUGGGAGCUAUCAGAAAAGCUGGAUGGUUGGUGGUAAAGAACUGGCUGCUUCAUAAAAAGAAGAAAAUAGAACUUGCACCCCGGAGAGCCUGGAAGAGGUACUGGGUGUGUCUCAAGGGCACAACACUCUUGUUUUUCGACUGCGAUGAAGAAAGUUCAGUUACAGAAAACAGCAUUCCCAAACACAUCCUUGUGAUUGAAGGAGGGAUAUCUCAAGCAGUUCCAGAACAUCCUAAAAGAGAAAACAUAUUUUCUUUGAGCACUGCAUGUGGAGAUGCUUAUCUGUUUCAGGCUUCAUCUCAAAUUGACCUGGAGAACUGGACUAGGGCUAUUCACUCAGCCUGUGCUUCUUCGUAUGCUCGCCAACAUGGAAAAGAUAACACCUUGAAACUGCUGUCCUCUGAGCUUCAAAAGUUGGAGGCUGGUAUAGACAUGGAUGGAAAAAUGAGAAAGAUGGCAGAGCUGCAGAUGUCUGUGGUGACUGACCCAAAGAGUCGCCACGCCAUUCAGAAGCAGAUUGCUCAGUGGGAAGAAAACCUGGAAAAGUUGUACAUUGAUCAGUAUCGGUUUAGGUGUUACAUGGCUUCCCUGCAGGGCUCGGAGCUGCCAAACCCAAAGGUGUUGUUAGCUAAUGCAUCAAAAACAUCUAAAACUACGCUAGGUCGUCUGGGUAUAUUUACUGUGACAUCAUUUCAUGCUCUUGUGAGUGCCCGGAAACCUUUGGUCUUGCCAAAUAUUUAUGGAAAGACCAGUCAGAAAGGGGGAAUGUUAUCUCCAAAGAUGGAAAGUACUCAGAAACAAAGGUCAAUGACUCCCACAGCGGCAGUUAGCUCAAGUCUCAGUUCUGAAGGUCUGCACAGAACUGGACACAGCCACUCUGAUUCUGCAGAUAAUCUCUUAGAGAAGGCAGGACCAGAUGCUAGCCCAGGGCAGGAGAGUCUUUCCAAGGUCUCAGUGCCAAAUAAUCAGUGUUACAACUUUCAAACUAUGCUCAUUGGAGUAGAUAAAGGCACUAGUGUUCAGGACCUGCUGGAGAUAACAUGUAGUAAAAGACAACUUAAUCCACGGGAUCACUAUGUGAGGAUCAAGCCUUUUGGAUCCACAGAUAACACAUUCAUCAUACCAGAUAAACACGAGAAUAUCAAGAAAUUGCGCUAUGAAGCGAUUGAAGUUUGCCAGAAGUGUAUUUUCCAACUAGAGUUAACAAAACCAACCAAAGAUGGCAUGUUUGGUUUUGCGGUUGAGGCUGAGUUGACAGACGAUUUUGAUAGAGAUGAUGAACUCAGGGUCUAUGUAUGUGAUGUGACAAAGGACAGUGUUGCUGAUAGAAGAGGUUUGAUGGUUGGAGAUGAAAUUCUGAUCAUCAAUGGAAAAAUUAUUUCUGAACUCGAUAUGGUGUAUAUUGAGACACUUCUCCAUGAAUCACGCACCUUAUUUUUGACAGUACGGUCCAUGCGGACACAACCACCCAUUCAAAGACAUACAGAAUCACAUGUUGACCACACAGUAGUAUCACCACCUACAUCACAUUCUCGGUUGUCAGACAGAUCUAUUGGAAAUGUGACUCCAUCUUCUUUGUCAGACAGUGUUGACACAUGUGUUCCCAUGAGUUACAGAGACAAGUCAUCAAGGACUCAUUCCCCAGCUCGAAUAGAUGAAGUUUCUGAGAGUGCAGAAGAAGUAUCACCUGUCUGCCGAAAGGAUGAAGUCUUGAAUAUGUCAUCAGAAAAUGGGGUCAUUGUCAACAAACCGCUUUCUGAUGCACAAAGGAUGAGAAAAGCUAUCAUGGAACUUGUUGAGACAGAGAGGGCUUAUGUGAAGGAUUUAAAAUGUUUAACUGAACGCUACCUAGAGCCACUGAAAGAGGAGACCUUCCUCACUUCUGGUGAAAUUGAGCAGCUGUUUGGUAAUAUCCAAGAAAUUGUUGCAUUCCAGCAGCGAUUCCUCCACAGUCUAGAAGAGGCAGUUGAGUCUGUGGCUGAUUUCUUCAUCACUAAUGAUAUUACACAUUUUAAGAAAGUUCUGUUUUCAGUUGGAGGAUCAUUCUUAUACUAUGCCAAUCAUUUCAAGGUGUACAGUUCAUUUUGUGCCAGCCAUUCUAGAUCACAGAAGAUUCUAAAUCCAGAUGCCAAUGAAGCUUUGCGAGAGUUCCUGCGGGCCAGGAAUCCCAAGCAACAGCACUCAGCCACACUAGAAUCAUACCUCAUCAAACCUAUACAGAGGAUCCUCAAAUACCCACUACUCUUACAGCAGUUGUGCAAUAUGACUCAUACUGACACAGAUGAACAUCAUCACGUAUCAGAGGCCCUAAAAGGGAUGGAAGCAGUUGCUGAACACAUCAAUGAAAUGCAGAAGAUCUACGAUGAAUAUGGAGUUGUGUUUGAUGAGCUCUCAAAGUCAUAUAAAGAGAACAACCCACACAAAAGUCCAAUAGAACUGAACGUUGGAGAUCUGCAGAUGUAUGGAACUGUUGAGUGGGUCAAUGUCACAGACUACCUUGGCAAAGUGAAGAAAUCAGCUGAAUUUGAAAAUGUUGUUUUUGUAUUCAAAGCGGGCGUCACAUUUCUCUGUAGGGAGAGAUUAAAACGGAAGAAAACAAAGCCUCUGUCAGCCAGAUCAUCUCUUAUUGAGGUUGCUGAGACGGUAGAGCGCUAUCGCACCUUAAUCCCUACACAGGAAGUUCAGAUUCGAACCGGAAAAGUCGGUGACAUUGAUCGGCAUUUUUGGUGGGAUUUGGUGCACUCUAGGUCAGAAGUUGAAGGCAGGCCUGAGAAAGUAUAUCAGUUUUGUAACAGCACAAGUGAAGCCAAAUCUGAUUUUAUGAAAGUGAUACGGCAGACCAUCAGAGAAAGUGUAAGAAAAAUGAUUAUACCAUCGCCUUCCACCCCACAUCCUCCUUCUUACUCGCAUUCCUCAAACACUCGACCAUUCUCCUCCUCUCCAGCUUCUCACAGCCCCAUCUUGUCCUCAGAAUCAGGGAGUUCUGAUGGUGCAGUGGGUACAUCUUCUUUAUAUACAUCAUCAUAUUCAAACUCCAACCCUCUUUCCAGUCCUCAGCUGGCAUUGUUCAAGCGCCGAAUGAAAUCUUUGGAUGCUGAAAGGUACUCUGUAGAUUUAGACAACAAAGUUAGUGAUACAGAUCUUGACUCGGGUGUCCGGGCCAGAAGUAAAACUGUCGGUGACCUCAAUGAGGUUAGCAUGGAUGAAUCUGGAGGUUUCGUUCCAGGAACGUUAGAACCGGCUACAGGAGAAAAGAAUAAGGAAACUAGUUCAUGCUCAUCGAAUUCAAAUCUCAGCUGCUCAAGCCAAACUGGCAGCCAAGGUGGCUGUGCAAAACUUCAGUAUGCAAGUACAGACCCGCUGCAUUACUCAUCUAGCUCUGUUAACUCUUCCGAACGGGCUGGGGCAUCUUCUCCUGUGUGGAAGAAAGCAGAGGAAAAAGCCAAACUAAAAAAGCAACAAGAAGACAGUUACUCCACACAAAGCGGAGGCGACAGUAGUAAUAAUUCAGCUGAGAGUAUCCCCCCUCCCAGAAGGGAUACCAAAACUGUUGUGUUUGCUCCCAUAACUGGGGGUGUGCCUGUGUUGAAGGAUACAGAGUGCUAA